AUCUCGUGGAAGCACCACGGCGCGUCCUCCCGUGGUUUAAAAGAUAAUAAAUAUCUAUUAAACUGGGGAGUAUUCCUUAUAAUUCACUUGGGAAUUCUGCCGAGUUCUGCGAUCGUUUUGCCCAAGCGAUGGCAAUCGACUCAGGACGCUCGCGGCCGAGCAAAACUGACGCUUUCAUUCUCACGAAUGACAACCAUAAGUGGAAGACUCCAGCUUCCCGCCAGGCUAUGGUCAACAAGAUGCAGAGCGUCAUAGAAGCGACGGGUCUGCAUGAGUACUCAGCGGCGGAUUUGGAGGACAGCAUCUACCAGAACUCCAAGACCAAGCCGGAGUACGUCAUCAUGCUGGUCUACAUGAUGCAGCAGCUCAAGAAAAUGUCCGCAAACAAGGCAGGAGACGCGAUAGAGGAGGACGACGACUUCAUGGUCGAUGCCGCCACCUUCACCGACUUCAUCUAAACCAUCAAUAUAACAUACAGACGACUGCAUUCAUUAGUUAAUAACUGUUGGACGAAACAAGCAAAAACAACCUUUAAUACCAACUUAGUAAGGUCCGUGUUGUAAAACGAUACUCAAGCUGUGAUCUCUGCUCAAGCAGAGUUGGAAAGGGAUGCACGUAUCUGUUGAAUGUAUUUGCAUCCCUUUUUUCUCUUGACAAGAAAAGAGAUAUCCGCUAAUUAUCGUUCUAUAUUACACUUUACAGUGUCUAACGCGAGUUUCUUUAUAAUUAACACGAUCGAGACGUUGCCGCGUUUAGCUCUCGUAUUGGUUAACUAAUAUGGAACUGGCCAAUCAGAGCGCCGAACAUCAUAAACGUGUCAAUUGCGUUAUGUAAAACAAGCUUGCAUUAUUGCACUCUGGCCUCAAAGUUAAUGAGUCGAAUUUACAAGUCCAAUGGCGGUACAGUAUACGAGAUUGGUGACAUCCAGAUGGUGCGUAGUAGGUUUUAGAAUGACAGGGAAUGUUCGGCCAAAUUAUUUUUUAAAAAGGGGUAAUGUUGGUCUAAUUAUUAUUGAUUAAGGGGGUGGGGUAUUAUGGGGAUGAUAACGGAAAAAGGGUAUAGCUAGGGUAGGAAAAAAUUUUUGAAAUUGGGGUUGGCUUGUCAAAAGGUUUUUUGUAGAAAGAUAAGGUAUACUAAUCAAUGCAGACUUCUGUCUCUUUCUGAUUGUCUUUACUGUGUUUGGAAUAAAAUCUGUCAAAAUUAAAAAAAUUUCGACCUUCAA